CCUGAAACCAUUGAGCUGAAAUGGAAACUAGGGAAUUUUGCUUUUAUAUCGCAAUUGGAUCUGGAAAGCUUAAAGGAGAGGAAGAAGGGAGUAGUACAAAGUAGGAAAGUGAUUUCGCUGUCCAAAGCUCCGUGUUCUAUAAGCUUUGUUCCAUUUCUUUCUCCCUUCUCCUCAUUGUGUGAUGUGAACCAGUAGUUUGGGUUUUCUUCCUGCCUUUGUGCUUUUAUUAAGACAUUCACGCCCACCCAGAAGUGAGUUUACAGAGAAAGGAGCGGAGGGGAAAGUUUGGGAAAUCCCAAAAGAGGAAAGUUAUCUCCAUCUUUGUUUGCCUGUCUGGCUUUAAUUUGUGGAAGCCAAGCUUUGCUAAAAGGACAUACAUGGGUGAAACCAGGGUUUCCCUCUUCUUGAAAGGGGUUGCUCUUCAAUUUUGCUUUAUCCCCCAUGUUCAAGUGUAUAGAGGUCACUGUUUCAGGAAUCUAAACCCAGGGAGAAACUGAGAAAAAGGGAGACGAGAAUUCAGCUGCUUCAUUGAAUGUUUAUGAUCGUUUUCAUUUCUGGUGUAUGGCGGUUUGGAUGAUUGAGAGGAGCAACCUGAUCUCAUCCUCAAGCAUAUCCGAAUAUGACCUGGGAGGGGAAGGGGACCUAUUCAAGGCACCUGAACUGAUCAUCGAGGAGCCAAUCAUGGGCCUUGAUCCGAUGACAGCAGCCAUUUCCAUGAUAUCUUGUGGGGAAGAAGUCCUUACUCCAUCAGGACUCAAGAUGGCUGCUGGACUUGAAGACAUUCAAAAUGAGCAGCUUCUCAGCGACGUCUUCUACGAGUGCAAGAAAGACCUCAUGGAAAUGGCUGCAGCAAUAGACUCCCCGCUCUCGGAUAUUCUGGAUAUCAAGACUCCUCUGUUGAGAACCGAAGAAAACCAUGUCCAAGACCAUGAGUUGGCCCCUGAUCUAGGGUUGUCAAAGAGUGUUAGCUCGGGGUGUCUAAGCGCAAUGGAUUGGAUCCCUGGAGGUCCGGUGAAGCCGAGUUUCCUGGAUUUCCCUGGGAUUGAUUUUACUGCUGCUUAUGGGAUGCGAAGAGCAUUCAGCGAAGGUGAUAUCAAGGCUCUUGGAAAUGGAAACGUGGGACACAUCCAUUCUCCGCGUCCACUGCUCAUUAGCAGCAACUCCACUUCUGAAGCCCGGUUGGAAAAGCUUUCGAGGUACCGAAACAAGAAGAACAAGAGGAACUUUGGCAGGAAGAUCAAGUAUGCCUGCAGGAAGGCCUUAGCAGACAGCCAGCCGAGGGUCCGGGGAAGGUUCGCCAAGACCGAAGAAUCUGAUGUGAUCAAAGGACACCAGCAAUGACCAUCUCUAGCUAACCUUGCUGCUGCUGAUGAAGGAACCAACCAGUUGAAAAAAGUGUAGGUAUGGAAUAGUUUUUAGUCCCUGCGAGGGGGGGAAAAUCUAAGUACUAAGUAGUAGUAGUGGUAAGGGCUGCCUAAUCUGUAAUCAAUGGAGAAAAGAGAAAGAGAAGCUAAGUAUUUAGUGUUGUAAUAAACUUAAUUCCGCCCCAGCGCAGCAAGCAAGGAAAGCCAAAAAGAGAGAGUGUAGUAGUUUGAUUGAUGAUUAUUAUCAUCCUCUGUGAUUACCUCGAAUCUGUAGUAGAAAGUUUGUAUAUAUGGUGGAUGGUGUGGAAUAAGACGACGGAGGAAGGGCAGAUUUGUAAUCAAUCUUGCUAUAUGCAUCUGUUCUAUCGUAAAGGAAUGACAAACAAUGUUCUUCUUCUCGUUUUCUUUGGGGUGAAAACAUGUUGUAAUGCAUAUAAUAUGAAAAUU